AUCUUUUAUGUCCAACCCUUCACUCUCCCGCUUGCUUCUUCUCUAAACCUUAGCGCCAUCAAUUUCCUCUCCUCCCAUCUCACGCUUCUCCCUUUCAACUGUACAUUUUAUCAAGAUAUUUUGUUCACCAUCAUACUUGUUUCUCUUUCCCCGACAGUCUGUAUUUACUCUUUCUCGGUGGAACAACUCACCGGUUUUCUCGCCAUAAUCGGAGCCGUCUUCCUCCCUUUUUCUUUUACUGUAGUGACGAUGAGUUUUCUCCCAGAUCUUAUUUGAGUCCGUCAAAUCUUGUUAUCUCAUUAGUUCCCUUCUGUUUCAAAUUCUCCCCAAAAAUUGAAGAGUUUGGUUUCAGCUUUUUCGAUCUCCAAAACAAUUGAAAUAGAUCUUCAAAUUCUUGUUCGGUUUUACCUAUGAACAUCUAUUUUCUAUAAUUUCGGAAACUAAUCAUUGCAUGUCGUUUUAAUGUCAAGUAGAUCUGAUCGAAAUAGCUUUUUCAUCCAGGAAGAUGGACAAAAAUCGAACUACCGUCGCGUCUAUUUGCUGAUUGUCUAUUUGCUGAUGGGUGUGAGCCGGCUGGAGAUAGAGUUAACCAGUACUUCAAAUUGAACACCAUUAGAGCCGUUCUUAAAGCCCUUCAACCGUCAGAGCUUGAACACAUCCUGCCGUGUUUUGGAAAGCUACUAGACAUCUACUCGAAACCUGUUUUCUCCGGGAAGUUGGCUCAUUUCCUACUCACACGGCAGCUAGACGUUGUUAAGCGGCAUGAAAUUUGGUGUGUUUUUUCUGGUAAACCGAUUAGGUUUCCAUCCGAGAGUUUGGUUUGGUCACCGGCCUUAACUGCAGCCCUCUGCCUCCCAUUGACCCGGCUCUGUUGAAGUGCCCACCCGGUGUUACCCCCUACUGGUUUACUCUUUUUUGGGGGUGAAGAGUCUGUCACUGAGGAGAUUUUGCUGGCUAAACUCCGGAGGCCGAAGUCUUUAACUGAGGAGCAGCAAAUCAAAUAUGCAUGCUUGUUUUUUGUUGAUGGUCUUCUGUGCCGUCGAUCUUUUCAUAAGAAGAUUCCGAAGCAACAUGUUGAACUGAUUCGUGAUUUGGAUGUUUUUUUGAGUUACCCUUGGGGUAGGUACAGCUUUGAUAUGACAAUGCAAUGCAUUAAGACAAGGUCUCCCAAUCAAUUAGCUCAAGCAACCGUCGCUAUCCAAGGCUUCAUUCAUGCACUGCUGCUUAUAUUCAGUGAGGCUGUACCUGCUUUGCGUUUGGCUACGGGUGACAAGACUGAUUCAGAAUCUGGUGAGGAAGAAGAUAUCUCGGUUGUGUCUUUCAAAUUGGAUAAAAUAUGGGAGCUAGAUGCGGAAGAAGGGGUCGAGGUCCUCCCAAUCAUUCCUUUGGCAGAUGUUGAGGUUGGUGAUUGUAGCUGGACUGAUGAGGCGGGAUUCAAGGCUCUGCUGCUUCUAUGGUGCCUCCUUCUAGAGUGGUUAAGAAAGCGAAACGCAAAGUUAAUGUUCGGGUUGUUGAGGAUUCUGCUGAGACGUCCAAGUCCAAAAAAUCAAAGCUCCGUAGUCAACACUGUUGGUCAAGUGGCGAUGGGCAGCAUGGGACGUUAACAAAUUUCUGGUUCGAUCUUAUUGGUAUGCGAAAUUAAAUCACAUUAUUCUCUUCACAUAACGUGGAUAUGAAUCCAUGUUUUACGACUCAUUUGAAUAUUCCGGAAAAGGAGUUAAUUUUUAGGUU